AACUUUCCAGUAGCACCACUGGCGGCUGCUGCACAAAGACAGACAGAAGGAAGGACAGCUAGAUGAAUAGAAAUUGAAAGAGAAUCCAAAUUUGUCUAAGUUUACAUUUGGCUUUCCUAAAUUAUUUAAAACUUUGAUAACUUAGUUCUUCAAAUUUUAUUUUUCCACUUUUCUAAAAAGGGCCUUUUGUGUGAAAAAAAAGAAAAAAAUGACGAGUCUGCUGUGCAUUACAAUAUUCGUGCUGACUGUUGCUGGCAGUGCAUACAGCCAGCCGACAAGCCCUCCCUUCUCAGUAUCAGGUAAGACAAUAUUUAUGCAAAAAAGUUAAAUAUUUAAGAGUCUGUGCAUGUUGUAUAAUUUUGUGGGUGUGUACUUUGUCAUUGUGCAUGAGGAAAAAGAUGAUGAAAUUGCUAAAAACUGGUAACAUAUCCCAGAAUCCUGUAACAACAGGUUCAUUGUAGAAAUGGGUAACAGGAUCGUCUCUGGGGUACAUCACACACAUACACAAACAUACACAGACAGUGUGACUCACCAUUGACUCACUGACCUGCUGCAUUCAGACCAGCACAGUGUAGACUCUAAAUUAUCCUGUAAUUCACUGAGGCUCACACAGUCAGCAAGACUGAAUGAGGACCACACCUCUAAUGCUACUGGUUUUACCCCUAAAACUGGGCUAGUAGGCUUGUAACUUUUUGAAUGAUGAUUUUGUUCAAGUACAAAAAAGGCAAGAAUUUCUCAUGGCAAAGUCUGGAGAUUUGAUCUUUUUUCCCUGAGAUUUAAUCUGUUGUGUUUCCUCAUUUUCCUGUUGCAGAAAAUUUAAACAAAAACGAAAACAUUCGUAUCUGAAGGCACCUGCACUCCAUCAUAAGCCUAUUAAAAUUCUGAAUCACACCUGCAUCAGCAUGAAACUCUGAGAUGCUCUGAAACCAUGCAUCUUUUUUAUUUCUGUGGUGAAAGAAAGAAAAAAAACUGGCAGGCUAGAAUGAAAACUUUCAUGUGUAAGAGUGAUAUUUAAUGUGCUUUCAGCAGCUUUGCAAGCUGACUCAGUAGACGUCGAAUUAGGGAUUUUUUAGCUUUCUUACCUCAGAGAGGGGAGAAAAUAGCUCCUGGGUGGGGAAAAUAUUCACUGUGGGUGGAGAGAGCUUCUUUUUCUUAAUCCAAACAUGAAAUUUCAUCCUAUUGGCCAGUAAAGUCACAUGUGUUUUGUGUAUACACUGUACGUAUAUAUUUAUAUGCAUGACCUCACCGUCUGGGUUACGUAAAAGCUUUGGCUCAGUUUAAUCAUUGUUCCAUACAGUGCAGAUUUAUUAGCCAUAUGAGGAGUGCAUUCUCUGUCUGAUCAUGGGGUGUUGCCUGUCCUUAUACCUACUGACUCACUCUGGCACUGGGAGUUUUUGGACAUCUGCCACAGUAACAGGCAGCCUGACAGGAACAGAGUUAAGAUUAACGACCCAAAGCCAAACAUAUAGAGUCCCAGGCUGAACAGAAGCCAAAUGACUCUGUUUUUCCCUGUGAGGUAAUAGUCUGUUAAGUGUAAUGCUUACAGUAGUUGUUGGUUACCGAGGCUUGGCCUGGUUGCUAAGGGCUGGGUGGGAAAAGGGGCUUGACUGAAAAAGAGGUUGGGGCUGGGUUUUAGAAUAUAUUUAGGCAUCUUAAAGAUAAGAUGCCAUGUUUGGCGCCAUUGCAUUUAAGUCAAUUAGCACGACUCAAAAUGUUAGCCUGGAUACCUUUUUCCCAUGUACCCUGGUAUAGAUACACACCCAUGUUGUUGUUUGCUCUCUGAUAGAAAGCAGGAAAAGAUUUCACUGGAAUUGGAGUGUAGGAGGAAGUCUGCUGUGUUUAUCCCAGCUGUGCUAGUUAAUUCUUUCUCCAUAUUGACACUGGCAAGCCAGAUGCGGCAGAAGAAGAACGCUGUGGGACAUGGAAAUGCGUGUCACCACGAGCUGCCCUGACAGAGGGUGUGGCACAUUAUGCUCAAGCUGAUUAAAACAUGCAGCUUGUGCUCUGGUUACUGGUACCGUUUUAUUGAAGAAGGAUGUGAGCCAGUACACUAACAUUUUGUUCAUUCAAUCACCUGGAGCGCAAAUUAUACCUAAGGGUUUAAGAGCAUCAUUAGGCCCAUGAGGUUCCAGAAAAUGUGGGUCAGCGAGUAGACUUGGACCGCUGUAUUGUUGUGCAUUUACAAUUCAGCGUUACAUAGAAGCAGAUGGUUCCAAUCACUUGCUAUUACAACUUUUAAAAGAAUGAGAGUGGAUUGUGCUCAGUCAUAAAAUCUCAGUAGGUCUUGGCUUCAGCUGCAGAGGGUGUCUUUUUUUAAUUGUCAUGCACAUGUGUUUCUUUUACGUAUUUGCAACACAACACAACAAAUUCAGAUAGCAACCAUUCAGACUGAUCUGACCACCCACUUUUAUGUAAAACGGCACAAUUUAGCACCACCUUUGAAUUCAGGGAGUCUUACAUAAAUAGGAUGUGGUGUGAGGUGUGACAAAGAAAAGAAAGGCUUCCUUCUCUUCCUGAAAGACUAAGUACACACAACAGGCUGUUACUUUAUGAGAGUAGUGUGCCCCACACUGUCGGGGCCACAUUCUCCUGUGGGACAUGUGUCUGCCGGUUACUGCAGGAGCAGGAAGAGAGUGUGGAAUUACUUUCAACAUGCCUGUUUCUCCGUCUGCUACCACCGUCUCACAGGCAUCAUUACCUUUAAUGUGUUCCAGAGUACGCCAUAUGUCUCAGAGUGUUUUUAAAUGCUUUCAUGUUGUGAUUUAUACAAUAUGAAGUCAAUAUGCUUACAGGAGAUGUGUGUGUUUAGUUGGCUAACUGAUUAAAUGUUCACACGCUUGCAAGCUAGGACCAGAUUUACCAGCUAGCUAAAGAAAUCUUUAAUAUUUUCAGUUUAAUGGAGUUAGGUGGGGUGCCAUUAGGUGGGGCUAACAGCUGUGGAUACAAUAUUUUGGUGCUCUACUAUCAGGAUGUAAACAGGCACAGACAAUAGAUGAUAUUUUGAUCUGGCAUUUGAACAUUCAACCAGAGCAACUUGUAACCAGCACAGGCAUGUGUGCGCUAAUCUGAAAAAUGCACAGGAGGCUGGUGUUGCUGAUGAUAAAUCAAUUUGGAAAAGUUAAUUAGCUGACUAGUAAACUCUAUGUUUACUAUUAACUGGGUGUUUUCUUACCUAAACAUUAGUCUAUCUUUGAACGAUUUUGAAACUUAUCACUUCUGGACAUACAUAAUGUUAACGCCCGUAAACCCAGCGAUAGUGUCUAUGCAUUGUGCUGUGAAAUUUCACAGUUUCUUCCUUUCAUCUUACAUUUAAAGAUCACAAACUACAUCCAUCUGUUUUUACUGUAAUCUUUGGAUGGAAAAGUACCUUCAUAAAAGGGUACAAUGUACCCCUUUAUUCUGAUUCCCUGAGAAAAUUUUAGGUGUUAAUGUUGGAUGGCACCACAUCUGGUAAGCUACCAUUGACGUCACCAUGGCCAUCACUUUUGCCAGGGUGUUUGAUGAACAGUUUAGUCAUCCUUGACCCCUUAGGUUCAAUCACACUCUAUCCAACUGCUACCCAUGCUAAGAGUUUAUGAGGCUCAGGGAGCUUGAGUCAUUCCUCAAUGACAGAACAGGCAUUGAGGAAUCGCAAAUGCUUUCGAAGACAUGAGUAACUUGAAGUUUUUAAAAGGUGUUUCUUUACUCAUAAAAUACCUGGCAUCUUGUUGACCAGUCAGUGAGGCUACUGGGUGGGACGAUUGGGUAGAAGGAGUCUCUGCCAUAUGAGAAGUACUGCAGUCUAAUAAAAGAUGGAAGAAAAAUGGCAUGAAGUUAGACCGAAGGGUAGAUUAGGUCUGUCAGCAGUGCUUCAGCUAAUUAAAUCCUUCUGAGGGAAAGCUCAAUAUUAAUGAUCUGAACAGCGCUGAACAGAGUCUAGGCAAGCACCCACUGUGAGGUUAGAAAGGCAGACUGGGACAGUUUUGGCACUGAGUUUGUUAAAAGUCAGUGGGUGCAUUUGGGUUUUGGGGGUUGGGGUUACGGGUUGAUUAGAGUGAAAUGCAGCAAACCAGGCACUGUGAUUGUUCCCUGUACUUCCUAUUUGGUUAUUAUGCAGGCAGGGCUGCUAAAGUGAGACACCCAGACACAUUACUUUGAGUCAGAAAAGAGGCUGACUAGGUUGGACAGAUUAUCCAUACUGGGUAAGGGUGGAGAAAUCAAAUCAGUAAGAUAAAUCAGUUCAGCUUCUUCUACUGACUACAGACAUUCAAGAGACUGAACCAUUACACCAAAAACAGCAUGUUGCAUAAGACUAAUAUUUGUGUCUGCAAGAGUGAUUUAUUCUCUUAUUCGUCUAAUAACUUUAUUGUCUUACAACUCCUGGGCAUUAUAUAGUUUAAACCCCUCUACGAAGUUGGCUCAUAAAGCUGUACCUGUGGGGGGGAUGGGUGUUAGGGAUCACAUCCAUCCGUCCAUCUGGUGCUUAUUAUUGCUUGGCACAGGCCACCCCUCGCUGGCCAGGGUCUUCUUAACUAAGCAAGCCCUGUGAGGUCUAAACAUGAGGGUCAAGGAGAUUGUGGGAACCCGCGGCGAGACACAAAUGACCUGCUGUUUUGAUUUAAAGGGUGGUCCGGCUUAGACAGAAAGGAUAUAAUGAAAGUGCACAGAGUAAAUACACAGAGGGGAAAAUAAUGAUGACAGCUCAACUCUGUAUAUCAUUAACAAUGCUUUAUGCUUACUUCUCCUGUUAUCCACUUGGUACCUAACAAAAAUCAGACGGAGCAGAUGACACAUAAAAACUGUAUGUUGAGGGUUAAUGCUUCGAGCUAAAGGUUUAUAAGUGCCUACGCUGAGGAGAGCAGGAAGGAGAGUGAAGGGGAAGAUUGGCUCUGGGGGCUGAAGACUGGCUAGUGUCCAACCUGUAUCUAAUAAACCAAACAAGAAACACCCAGACUCUUUGAUAGCAUCUGUGACAAAUACACUUACUGUAACUGCACAUCUGAAACACAUGUAUUAUACAGUGAACAUACCAGAACAUACUGUGGAACUAACGUGAUAAUAUAUCACAUAUAUUUAGGCCUUUUUUGAUUUGGUGUACUCAAAACUGCCUCAGUUUUAAGCAAUCUUAGAAAUCAUCACACAGAUUUAUGCACCAUUGGCUAUUAUUUUUUCACUUUAGUUCCACGGAUCACACGCCAAAUUACCACCGAACCUCAGUUAAGUUAUGUAAUGUUUUCUUUUAUUCCAGCUAAGGUUAUAGCCGAUGUAGGAGCCAAUGUUACCCUGCCCUGUCGGCUCCUGGCCCACGACUCAUCCUCCUUUGGUAUGGUUGGUAUCCGAGUUAAAUGGACCAAAGUGGCAGAUGACGAGUCCCUGAAUGAGGAUGUGCUGUUGUCCAUGGGUUUCCACAAGAAGACCUACGGAAGCUUUGAGAACCGUGUCUUUCUGCAAGAGCUUGACAAUGAAGAUGCCUCCUUGAUAAUGUACGAGGUUUCCAAAGACGACACCGGAAAAUACCGCUGCGAGAUCAUCAAUGGGAUGGAUGACACCAUGAUCGAUGUUGAACUGGAAGUUGGAGUUGUUGCCCUUGAAGGUAAAUCCUUCUCUGUACAUUUAUUAUUCAAGGCCUGGGUUGGGGAUGGGCUUCAAAGUAAGAGCUGAAAUGAAAUUGUGGAGGACAUUUGUUGCUUUCUUGUUCUAGUCAUUUUAAAUUUCCUUUCUCUGAUUUUAAUGCAUGCUGGAUUGAUCUUCUCCCUUUGCAAAGUUCUUGUCUCUAGUUAUUGAAAACAUCCAUAUUUCCUUUUUCUGUGGAGAAGAAAAACAGACAGCUUGUGCUGAUUUAUCCAAACCACUGUGAUGAUUCAGUCAUGAUUACAUUUGAACUCUGUUCAAGAUGAGUGUGCAGAAACACUCCUUUUCCGCUCCUCUGGUCCAUAUCCUCAUACACCCGUCUCACUUAUCAGAAUUUUUGAUCUCUAACCUGUCUCCUUUUUCAAAAGUGCCAAAGAAAAACGGUUACUCACAUAUUUGUUCACAAACUCUUCAAACCUUUGUUGACAACACGUUCAAUCAUUGGUGUUUGUUUGAGCACUUCCAGAGCCAAAGGGCAGCUCCCAUCCACCCAGAUUGAUCUUUUUUCACACGUGUGAAGGCUCAAUUUGGGUGGAGUGUAAAAGGAAAGCGUCAUGAACAAAAUCACCCUCUGACUCUGAUACAGUUUUCACAUCUUCAUUGCAAAUCCUGGAGAACAGUUAGUGAUUUACUGAAGUGAAACUUGAUAUAUCAACUAUCAGAGCCUUUCUGAAUAUUAAACCUUCAUCAUCAUGCACAUAUACUUCUCUUGAUUUGGACUGUAUUGAUGUGCAGACUCAGUUUUUAGUGUGAAUGAAUAUUUUACCAUCUCUUGUUGGCUCCAUAUGAAAGUAGUUUCCUAAUUUGCUUUGAUCAUAAAUGCAGCAGACUUUCAAAUCCAGUUUGCACAAGACUAUCUUUUCUUUCCAGCAGUGGGUCAGACAAGCACAAUUUAUGUAAGCAAAUUACUAAUAGGCCAUCUUUAACUAACAUAAUAUCAAAAACUCACUGAAAUAUUAAAAUAUUAUAUCCCAUUUGUGUCAUCUCUCCGGCUUUACACAGGCGUUGUGUUCCCAUACUCUCACCCUGGGGGCCGUUACAACCUGAACUACGCUGAAGCUGUCCAGACCUGCGCAGACCUAAAUGCAACUAUCGCCACCCAUGAUCAGCUCGAAGGUGCCUGGAGGGAUGGACUUGACUGGUGCAAUGCUGGCUGGCUGGCUGAUGGUAGUGUGCAGUAUCCAAUCGUCAAACCCAGAGCUCCUUGUGGUGGCACCAAAAACGGACCAGGAGUUAGAAACUACGGCAACCGCGACAAAACAAAUAGCCGCUUCGAUGUCUUCUGCUUUGCUUCUCCACUGAAUGGUGAGUGUUUCCGUAUUGAUAUCAUAAGUUUUCAUAAUUCUUUAUUAGUUUUGUGUUAGGCUUGUCCCAGUCAUCACAUUUUAGACUAAGGUUUCAGUACAUAUACGUCAAGUGGGCUAACUUGAUUUGAUAGAAUAAAUUUAACAUAUUUGCUUCUUCUCGAAUUCAUUUAUCACAAAUAUACCAUUUCACUUCUGUCAGGACGUUUCUACUGGCUGGUUCAACCCGACAGACUGACCUUUGACGAGGCUGUGCAGGCAUGCAUAGAUGAUGGUGCAGAGAUCGCCAAUGUGGGCCACAUGUACGCAGCCUGGAAGCUUGAGGGUUAUGACCGUUGCGAUGCUGGUUGGUUGGCUGAUGGAAGUGUUCGCUACCCCAUCUCCAGGCCUCGCAAGAACUGCAGCCCCACAGAAGCUGCAGUGCGCUUCCAUGGAUUCCCUGACAAAGAUGUCAAGUCUUACGGCGUCUACUGCUACAAAGAUGAGCAGUGAGGGGGUAGAUAGAAGUAGGGAAACCAUAACCACCAAAGAGCUCCAGCAAACACAUCAAAUAACAUCAACUAUAAAGCUUACAAGCUUUGGAUCGUAACUAGCAUGAACUCAAUACGUUUCUGAAACUGUGAUAACCAUUUUUAACUCCUAAAAAGCCAAUACUGUACAUCUUACAUCCAUAUGCAAUGAAUGACAAAAUAUUUUGUAGCCAUUAAGUUUUGUUUUUUCUCUAACUGUGCAUCCAUUGAUUUAAAGAAUAAAGACUGUUGAAGAAAAGGCAACAGUGCCAAUGUAUGAGUGAUAUGACAGAGACAAGAACUUGAUGGUUGUCUAACACCAUGUAAGUUUAGUUUGUCCUCCAUAGAAUGAUUAGAUGUGUGAAGUUUGGGAUUUGGGGCAUCUUUGCUCACAUGGAUAAAAAAAAAUGCUGCUUUAGAAUUUAGACCUCACAUUACUUAAAGUCAUGAACAAACUCGACUCCCACUGUUGAGCUUAUGAGGAUAUGAGACAUGAUUUACUGCAGCGAGUAUUCAACUGGAGUUGAAUUCACCUCUCAAACUGAAGAGAAGUUUUUCACCCUGAGGAGUUGUGGUCAAAUUCAGUGUUUAACAAGAAAAUGAAUGUAAAUGUCUUAUUGGGCUGUGACUUUUUCCACAACCGUUACUUCAACUCCCAUUUACAUUAUGAAAUCAUGUAGUAUGUUUGUUUUAACACUUUUUUUUUUUUACUUUUUGACCUAUAGACAGUGUCACUUGUGUUUCACGUUAAUAUCUUUGUUUUUAAAGACAGCAGGUUCUCUCAGUUCAAGUGUAGCUAUGAAACAAUUAAUAACAGGCACAUACUGUAUAAAACAGCAGCAACUCAAAUUAGUGGUACAGAUCAAGCACAGAUCCCUCAUCACAACUGUUUAAGAGCAUAUAUUAAAACUUUCCAGCGUGUUACUAAUGAUCACCUACAACCCUGAAUCAGGAUUCCCUGAUGGUCAUGCUUUAGUGAGUGAAUCCAGAUGAGCAUCCAGGAAAAAUCCACAGAUUACCGCUGUUUGCAUAUUUUGGAUUUACAGGACCUGUAAUAGAAAUGUAUGUCCAAUCCAGAAGACCACACCUUUUUAAGCUGACCCCUGAUUGCUUGUCUUAACCCUUGGCACUGAUAACGGUAACAUGCGGUAAGAUGAUGAUGAUGAUGCAUUGUUUGUAAAAGCAAAACUUAAAACAUUUCUGGUAUAUUUGUGCAUUUGUACACACUUGUGCAUGAAAAAGGUGAAGGUAUUUUUGUAUCUUGUUGCCAUGUACCUUUUUCAAAAAGCAGUUUGAAAUAAAAAAUUCAACUUUUAAAUGAAUCCUGUCUGUUUCAUCAGUCACUCUAAGAACUAAAAGAAAACGUGUGUAACAUGAAGUUACAGAGGUUUACAGGUUUUUUUUUAAUUGUGCUGUUUAAGCUGCCAUUCCCUGGGGGCAUGUUUCUGGUACGUUGCCAAGAGGAUUUAAGAUUAGACUCUCUUCAUUCUUUAUUUAUUCUCAAGCUUUUUUGUUUUCUCAAGGCCAGACUGCCAGCCCACUAUCCGGCUGGACAAAGGGGACAGAGCCACAGUCUUUGGGAGUGGAGUGGGAAUGCAUGGGAAUUAGGUCAGAUUUAGGUUGAUAUAGCAGUGCUAUGCUAGACAUAUGUAAAUUUGUGAGAUAAUGAAAAGUCCAUUGAUUUAGCUUCUCUAUUCAGAGUACAGAUACUUAGAGAAGAAAAAGAGGGACUCUCUAGAACUUUGUGUACUUUUUUCAGCGUGGAAAAUGCAAAUGACUUCAAAAUGUUAAAAAAUUUAGACAGUAAGCUGCACAAUUACAAACUUUAUAAAACAUUAAAGGAUGUAAGAAGAUGUAAACCGCUUCAAAAUAAAUUUGUUGGGAAGUUUCAUUAGAUCUAAAUGAGACUCACUAACUAAUGACAUCAUUGCAAUAGGGUCUCCGUAGUUCAUCUGAGCUUCAGACAUAGUGGAAUGGCUCGCCUCCAACAGCAUGUGAGGAGACAGCCACAACAGAGCAGGUAACACGGCACUACUAAUUGACCAAGAUAGAGGAGGCAGGCCCCAAACAUCAUGCUCUGCCCUUGGCUGGCCUCCGGAAGAGCUCCAGAGAGGUAGCCAAUAAGGGGAAUUCACACUAAUGUCACUCAACCUCUGGUUUACUUCCGAGUUAGUAAUUGCAGGGUAUCGGUAGGAUUUCUUUCAUAGAGAUUCUAUGCACUGCUCCAUAAUCCAACAAUAUCAUUUAAAUUCGAAAGGUAAAGUUAACAUGAAUUACUUUUUCUGUUUUACAAUCUUUUUUUGUUAAUAAUGUUAUUCGUCUUUUAUACUUUAUCAUUCAAAAAUUAUCUUAAAUUUAUGCUAGAAACCAAUGCUAGUGAUGAAGCUGUUGUCUGCCUGUGUGUAUCACAGGCUUAUUUUUGUUAUUAUUCUAUUCAAAUAAUGAUAGAGUAGUAGAAGUAGUAGUAGACUUUGGCACUUUCAAAGUUGUUAACCAUGUGAACAUGACAAUAGAUGUGCCUGGCUUGGUUAUUGCUCACUAAGAAACUGCAGAUCCACAACAACACACCGUAUAAGUAGUUUAAAUUUUAGCUAUCUUUAGAUUAGAUUAUAUUAAGUUACUUUACCAAGAGUUAGGGGUAUGGUAAUUAAUUACACAUUGAUAUAAAAAGGAAAUGCAUAACGAUGUGUGGCUAUAUACACACAGGGAGGUCGCUAGCAUUAGUUGCAUUGCUUAGCUUCCAUUCCUGCCUAAUCUAAAAAUUUUCAUAAUAGUGAAUUUCAAAACACAGAUAACAUUUGCAAGACAACCUUUUGCCUAGUUGUAAAUAAUAUUAAUCUUCACCAUACCUUUCGAAAUUGAACUUUGUAUAUCUGGAGAUCCUGGAGGUCCAUGUGGAGUUUGGCAGGGAAUCACCUGCGAUCGGCAAAACCGGAAGAUGAUAUGACGUCGCGUGAAUUCCCCGUAUCAGAAGAAAGCACGCUCUCUUAAAGAGACAGCAGCUAAAAUGAAGCGUUUCAGUCUGAGGCUGAAAUAAUGAUAUUUUGAUACACCAGAGUAAGAAACACAAGGUUUUGUUUUUAUCUGAAAAUGAUGCAAAGCUAUUAAAGAGGUAUCUUAAAGGAAGUAUCAAGUCUGAAAAAAUGCACAAUACCCCCUCUUUAAUAUAUUUCUAAUCUGUGGUACUGUGGUGGACAUCAUAGUUAUGCUGAUGAUUUAUAGGCUGAGAUAUUUGGAAGAUCAAUCAAUCAAUCAAUCAAUCAAUCAAAUUUUAUUUAUAUAGCGCCCAUUCACAACAGUCGUCAUCCCAAGACGCAGGUCUAGACCACACUCAUUCCAAGACCAAGAUCAGUCUUGAAAAUAUUUGUGAGGUUAGUCUGUGUAAAUCAUGUUGACCCUAGUAAUAAAAUUUGAGGUCUGGUAGCUUUUGCCAUGAAAGCAAAGUGUUCCCUGAGGUGUUCUGUUGAAUUUCAAAACAAUAUGGCAUGUCCUCGGCUAACCUACCAGGUGUCUGGUUGUCAGGGCGUAUGAGAGACUCGCACUUGUAAUACACAUCUAUUAUGCUCACAAACACACUCGCCAGCACAAAGAGUAAGAAAAAGGAGAGUUCUGUGGUUCCUUUGAAGACUUCAGUCCAGACUCUGUUUGUCAACUGUACUGAUUUCUACAUCUGUACAAUAAAGUCACCCAGGCUGCUCUUCAAAUCUCAUCCUGUCUCCUGAGCAUUAAUUUAGCUGCAUCCUACAUACAUUUUCCACAACAAUACAAAGAGGGCCUCUCCUUGUUUCUUGGUUUGUUUAGGUUACAAACUGACAAUAACCUCGACAGGCAAUUGUGUUUGUAGAUACCACUGUUGUUGGCAGUGUUGCUUGAGCUGGACUAAUACUCAUCAUUUACUUCAGUUGGCUUCUACAACCAAUCAAAUGCUGUGUUGACUUUUAGUAAGUCUAAUGAUGCCACAUCCCAUGAACCUGCCUCUCACAGGGGUCUGGAGUGAAUAACUUGACAAGAAAAUAGCAGGGUUAAGGGUGAAUGAUAGACAUGCUGUAUCAGACUACAAAUGAGGCAUCUGCAUUUCAUGAGACCAGAAUGCAGGUUUUACUCUUGCAGAGGCAUCCAGGAGUGGUCCCUAAUCACAGGCCAAG